ACAGUUUUUAACAUAACCGGAAACAAGUAAAUUUCAAAAUGGCGGGAGAUACAACUCCGAUCGUAAAUAAUUGGAUUCUUGAUUACUACACAUAUUCUGCAUGGCGCGAAUUUAAAGCAGAAAACACAAUUUCAGCAAGUACUCUAGACUCUAUUGCAGGAAUUUUAGGUAAGACAUGGCAAGGAGAUGAACUUCGGAAUGACAAGAAACUGUUUCUGACAAUAUUGUCACGUCUUAAAGAUGGUUCUGAUAUAAAUAUGAGGUAUUAUGAAAACUGUGAUGACACCCCAUUAGAAGACCUUGUUCCACAUUUUAUGAAUCUAGUCAAUCUGCAAAUAGACCAGAAGUUAUUGGAGGAGGGGGAACAACUGUAUAACGUUGUCAGGUGUGAGGCUGUGAGGGCAUGUUGUAGAGCUGGCGAUUUUGAGAAAGCCAAAGAUGUGUUUGAGCGACUAAAACUGAAGGAAAUAAAGGAUAAACCAUAUGUUAAUAUGAUAAAGGAGCUGCAAUCUUUGAUGAAGAAUAAAGAUACAGAGACUUCCCUUAGUUAUGAUGACUUUGUUUCAGACAUGACAGAUUAUCUGCAACUUAUUGCUGACAGUUUUGAGGAGCCCACAAUCAUAGCUGCUGCCAAAAAGUUGCUGAUUAGGAAGUCAUGCAGACAUAAAGAUACAAACAAAAAUAGUGAAUCUCUUUCCAGAAUACCAGCAAAAGAGGUUUUAGAUGAGAUUGGAAACAAAGAUAAAAGCAACAACAACAAUAACAAUGAGCGUCUGUCACCAAAAAGUGAUAAACAGAGACUGCGUAAACUGUGGGACCAGAAUGUAAAAGAGAUGUUUGGAGAUGAAAGCCCCCCUCAUACAGAAGAAACUGAGGAAAGUUCUGAUGUCUUGUUUGUCAAUCCAAAACAAUCCAGUUCAUCAAAGACACCUAGAAAAGAUAGGUCAGCGUCACACAGUCCCUUAUCAAAGACAUCAACUCCACAAAAGAAUGGGACCUCAUUGUUCAAAGUACCUGCAAGGAAACCUUCAACUACAGAUCCAUCUAGCUCCAGGACGUCCACUCCGAAAGCUGGGCAUUCAGCGGCUAAAUCUCCUUUCAAACGACCAACUUCAACAAAAGAAUCUGGCAGGUUAACUAGUCCAAUAUCUACAGUAUCUCCUGUACAGAGAGUGUCUACAUCAGACAGAUCUGGAGAAGAAAGUCCAGACUUUCAAUACAGGAAAAAUAAAGGUCGUGCUGACAGACACGAACCGGUUAUAUCCUCUUCAAGAAAAAAUGUGGCAGAUGACAAUCGUUCGGUUGUAUCUGACCUGUCAUCUAUGUAUGGAGGCACCAAGAAGAGAAAAUGGACCGAUGAAGAAAUGUACGAGUUUUACGAUGCCGUAAACACUAUGGGGGUCGGUAGAUGGGCACAGAUAAAAGAAUAUUUAAAUACGACAAGGACAGGGGUGAUGCUGAAGGACAAAUGGAGAAAUAUGAUAAAGUCAGGAGAUGUUGAAAGAAUACAGAAGAAAAGGCAGAAAAAGAAAUGAAUAGGUUGACUUCUUCAAACCAGUUCUGUAAUUGUUCAAUUUUUUGUGGUGUUUUAUAACAUUGGUAUUAAUGUGCCAUAUUCGAGGGAUUUUUGCUCAGAUUAUUAUGUUUUAGUGUGGACAGCGUACCACUUUUGAGGGAGUUUUACUCAAAUUAUAAUGUGGGCAAAGUCCCAUAUUGGAGGGAAUUAUACUCGCAGUAGUGUGCUUUGAUGAACAGAAGGCAAUAUGCCAUAUUGGAAAGAAUUUGCUCAGAUUAUUCUAUAUUGUGUUCAAAGUGAUCUAUUUUUGAUGUGGAAGGUACGGGUGUUUUAUGGGCCAGGAUUUCGGUGUAUAAUUAUCAAGCAAAUGAGCCGCGUCACAACAAAACCAACAUAAUGGGUUUGCGACCAGCAUGGAUCCAGACCAGC